AUGCUUAAACUUAAUAGAAAUAUUUUAAAGAAUCAUGAAAGUUUAGAUUUUAAGCAAAUAAUAUUGGAUGGACUGAAUCGUUUGCCUCUCCAUCCAAAUACGUUAGAUUUACUACAAAAGCAAGUCCAUACAAAGUUGACUAAAAAUAGUGAAUUGAUAGAACUGUUAUUUGAUUACAAUAAUGCCUUUAUUAACAAACAAAAACCUGGUCAAUUAAAGUGUCUACAGCGAAUAAUAUUUAAGACUCAUUUGAUAUUUAAUAACAGUUACAAAAACUACGAUCAUUUGAAAGCCUUUAAACUAAAGUAUAACUAUUUAACGCAUAAUUGGCCCUAUGAAAGACAUGAUAUUCUUUUUGCUGCCAAUAAAAAUGUUCCUGAAACAAAAGCAUUAGAGUAUUUAUGGAAUAAUUGCAAUUCCGAUAAUCUUGCAUUCAUGGGCAGUAAGUUUAUGAAAGAGAUUACAAGACAAAUACAAAAUAAAUAUAUAACCGAAGGUGAUUAUGUACACGUAUUUUUAAAAGAACGGUAUAACAGUGAAAUACAUACUCUAUCUGAAAUAAUUGACGAAAAAGAGAUAGAGAUUAAUUUAUUUGGAGAAUUAUUUAAACAACUUCACUACAUUAACACCAUCAACAAGCUCCAGAUUCCAAUUGUAAUUUUGCCCUUGAAUGCUUUGGGGUUAAAAAUACCAAAGUCAAGAUUGUACAAUAAGUUUAAAAAAAAACUUCAAGUGUUUGGAGUCUUCUGA